UUUCCUUUGCUUUAAGUUUCAGUUUCAUUUCUCUGUAACCAGCCGUCCCUCUUUCUAUGAGGAAGUCAGCCCUGCUCUGACAGCAGUGUAGGUUAGUCUACCAGGCGAAACGCAUAUCAGGAUGACUUCAAUCAUCUCUAAGUUUGUCAUCACGACCCUGUGCGACCAACAGGGAUGUUUGGACUUCAGGCGCCUGGAGGAAAAGAUCGCACAGAAUUUCACUGUUGCAGACACGGUCCUGCGCAGGGUCCUCUUCGACGACGGUAAAAUAGCCAUCCAGGCAGGCAGACAGGAAGUCUGCGGUAAGAUAAUCAGCCCGGACAGUCUGGUAGUGGCUAAAACCAGUCUGCGGCUGUGUCAGAAGAAACCUGGAGAGUGUCUACAGUGCGAUGGGUUACACCUGUGCAGGUAUUAUGUCUGCGGGGACUGCAUGUUCGGACUCAAGUGUAAAAAUCCCCAUAGUCUGGAUUUACCAUACAAUGCAGAGCGUUUGAAAAGAUAUGGUCUUCAAGAUUUGACGGUUAAACAGCUGUUCCAGCUGUUACUGCAGAAUGAUCCAUAUCUGCUUCCUGAGAUCUGCCAACAUUACAACAAGGGCACCGAUUUGCACGGUUCCUGCAAGUUCACCACCUCCUGCAUCAAGCUUCACAUCUGCCUGCACUAUCUCCAGGGUGACUGCAAGUUUGGCUCUUCAUGUAAGAGAAACCAUAAUGUUGACGCGCAGGGAAUGAAGCUCCUCAAAGGAUUCAGUCAGGAGAAUAUCAGAAACCUUUUUGGGAUCUACAGAAAUAAAUUCAUCAUCUCGGGUCAACAGGCGAGACCAGCUGCUGCUGUGCCUGUGCUGCCAGAGGUGAGAGUCCCUGCUCAGCAGCCUUCCCAACACAACCCUGGAUCCCCUACUAGAGCUACUUUGCCAGCCAAACCCCUGAGCGAUGCUGAGAGGAAUGAAAUCUGCCUCUUCUUCAUCCGCAGACACUGCAGCUUCAAGGACAAGUGUGCUCGUGUCCAUUGGCACCUGCCUUACAGAUGGCAAGUGUUGGACAUUGAUGGUGUGACCUGGAAGGACCUGCCUAAUAUGGAGGAGAUUGAGAAGGCCUACUGUGACCCAGAGCAUGGCACAAGCUGCACUGAUCCUCCAUCAUCCCCCUUAGGGAUUUUCAGAUUUCUGACUCUUCAAAGCUCUGCAUCCCCCAGUGUGCAGUCAGUUGACUUCAUGACAAUGACAUAUGGAGGGUCUGCAGUUCGCCGCCUGUCAACUGCCUCCUCUGUCUCAAAGCCCCCUCACUUCAUUCUUACAACACAGUGGCUUUGGUACUGGAAGGAUGACAGCGGGAAUUGGCUGGAGUUUGGACAGGGUGAUGAUGAGACACCAGCUUCUGUCACUUCUCAAACUCUGGAGAAUGUGUACCUGGCAGACAGAGACACAGAGAUUCCUUUCAGUGCUGGCAAACAGCAGUAUAUCCUCCACUUCAAAGGUGUAGCAGGAGCCGAGCAGAUGUAUCAGCAGAAUGUAAAAUACCAAACCAAGAGAGAGGUCAGAAGGAGGCCUCGCUUUGUGUCUGCUCAGGAUGUGGAGGUGAAGCUAAACAGUGCAUCAUCAUCUCACAGCUCCAGCUCCUCCACAGCUGACAGUUUCCCAUCUUACUGGGACAAGAAUGCCCUCCCGGAUUUUGGAUACAAGCUCGUACCUCUCGCCACAUCUGCAAAGACAUAUGAUAUGAUUGAGAAGCUGUUUAAGAAAACCAUGCCCCACAGUAAAAUUAACAGCAUCCAGAGGAUCCAGAACCCCUCUCUGUGGAAAGUCUUUCAAUGGCAGAGAGAGCAGAUGAAGGAGAGAAACGGAGGGAACUCUGUGAAUGAAAAGUACUUGUUCCACGGCACAGAUGAGUCCCUGAUUGAGGCCAUCUGUGAGCAGAACUUUGACUGGAGGAUGUGUGGAGUCCAUGGCACAGCAUAUGGCAAAGGGAGCUACUUUGCCAGAGAUGCGUCCUACUCAGACAGAUACGCCAAGGCCAAAGGAAGCCUGAACAAGAUCAUGUUUGUCGCCCUGAUCCUGGUGGGAGAGUACACCAGGGGAAGCAGCAGCUACGUCCGGCCCCCAGCAAAGGGAAACAGCAGAACCCUUUACGACAGCUGCGUUGACUGCGUGAGCAACCCCAGCAUUUACGUUAUCUUUGAAAAGCAACAAAUUUAUCCAGAGUAUGUUAUCGACUACUCCUAGGUCACGAUGUUGUUGCUUCCUGUGCUGAAUGGGGAAUGAAACUCUAUAAUGGGACACUCUUUACUUUGACUGGACGCAGUUCCUGGCUUUCUUAGAGGCUUGUGGGGUUUUCACAGUGGUGGAGUUAGUAUUCAGAUCUCUCACUCAGGUAAAAGUAAUAAUACCACAAUGUAAAAAUACAAGCAUUUAAUAUGUUAAGAAAGAACAUGUGUAAAGGGGGAAAAAAUGGAAAUGAUUAAGGGUAUUUUUCUCUAUAGUUUUUACAGUGUGUUUUGGUGCAUGGAUUAAGUAUCACUUAAUAGAGACUGUAUUCCAAUAGAAAAUGUCUUCCUUAGCCAACGUCUAUUCUUGUGAGAGGUGUCUUUGUUGUUGUGAUAAUGAAGGAUACUGAGGCCAACAAAUAGUCUGGUGUUCAGAUUUGAAAUGAAAUUAACUGGUUGUUAUGUAAUAAACAUAUUAUAAACCACCAAUAAAGAA